GUGGAUCGCUCCCUCGCCAUCACCUCGCCCCUGCAGUACGAGGCGCUGGUGACCAAGGGCCGGGCACGGGCCGUCGUGUGCCUGGUCUGGGCCAUCUCUGCCUUCAUCUCCUUCCUCCCCAUCAUGAACCACUGGUGGCGGGACGGGGCGGACGAGCAGGCCGUGCGCUGCUACAACGACCCGCGCUGCUGCGACUUCGUCACCAACGUGACCUACUCCAUCAUCUCCUCCACCAUCUCCUUCUACGUGCCCCUGCUCGUCAUGAUCUUCGUCUACGUCCGCGUCUUCGCUGUGGCCACGCGGCACGUCCAGCUCAUCGGCAAGGCCAAGGUGAGGUUCCUGCAGGAGCCCCCCAGCCCCAGGGGCGGCCGGCGCCGGCGGCCCUCCCGGCUGCUGGCCAUCAAGGAGCACAAGGCACUCAAGACCCUGGGCAUCAUCAUGGGCACCUUCACGCUCUGCUGGCUGCCCUUCUUCGUGGCCAACAUCAUCAAGGUGUUCUGCCGGCCCCUGGUGCCAGACCAGCUCUUCCUCUUCCUCAACUGGCUGGGCUACGUCAACUCAGCCUUCAACCCCAUCAUCUACUGCCGCAGCCCCGACUUCAGGAGCGCCUUCCGCCAGACGCUGUCUGCCUGGGGGGCUGAGGCCCAGGAUGAGCUGCACAUGGUGGCCGUGGAUUCCAAAAACACCUGUGGAGACAAACCAGUGCCCCUCGCGGCGCUGCGGGCCUCGCUGCUCCCCACGAUCAGCCUCAGAGGUCUGGAGCUGCUCCCUCCCGUCACCUUCGUGCUGCAGUGCGGAGCUGGGCCGGUCUGUCUCAGUGGGCAGCUCAUCGCCUUGGAACUUUAUGCCAAGACCAAAGCCCACGAGGAAGAGCCUUCAGAUGAAGAUGUAAGUGACGAGGAUAAUGAUAGAGCACCCUAG